AAGUCAAACAGCACUAGGACUGAGGGAAAAGCCGGAGAGGAGCUUAUCAGUGCAGGUUUAUAGACCAAUAAUCAGCUUGUUGUGAAUCUGUCAGAGCUUCACGAGGAAACAAAGGAACAAUACUUUCUCAGGACCCAACUACGAAAAGUUAAAGUUGAACCAAACCAGGCCAGACGAAGCACACAGAUUUUGCUGGACGAUGUCUAUGCCAGCCAGAGUUGUCUACAAGAGGAGGGCGACCAUCACAGAUCUGCCUCUCUACUACUCUGGAUACCUGCUGAAGAAACUCAGCAAAGAGAAGGAUUUUAAGAAGUACUAUGGAGAGCUCCGUGGAGCCACGCUCUUUCUGUACAAAGAUGACACACAGGACACAUACACAGAGAAGCUGGACCUGGUGCACCUGAAGUCCAUGGAGUUAGACUCUCCGUAUCAGAGGAAGACACCAACUAUCUUCACUCUCACCCUGCCAACAGCGCAGGUGCAGCUAAAGAUGGACAACUCUGACACAGGAGAGGAGUGGAGGGGUUACAUCCUGACUGUGGUCAAAAAAGAGAUUCCCAGUACCCUGCAGCUGCUGCCUGGCCAGAUGUUGCUCCUGCAGGAUGUUCUGGAUCAGGAGAAGAAAAGACGUCCCCCCUCGCCACGUCCUGCUCUCCCACCCCGUCCAGCCUUCCUCCGCACAGCCUUCCCUGCGCCCUCCCUUUCACCGCCCAAAGACAAGCCUGACUCCAGCGCCCCUGAGAUCCCUGCGUGUUUCUUCAGUGUGACUCGGCAGGAAGCUGAGCACAUGUUAGAGGCAAACCCCGAGUAUGGAGGUAUCAUCCUCCGCCCCUCCACCCUGGCCAACAACUACGCCCUGACCCUCCGACAGCUGACGCCCAGUGGACCUGUCAUGAAGAACUACAGAGUGACCUCCACAAACUCAGGGUUUGUCAUUGAACUGGACAGACCAGUGACCGUCUCCUCCUUAAAUAAUGUGCUUAAGUACUUCCUUGAGAAGACAGAGUAUCGUCUCCACCCCUACAUGGCGUCUCAGCCCUACGACACUCGCAUCGAGGUGUCACCUGCUCCUAAGUGCAUUAGCAUCACCUCACCUAUACCUAAAACAGUACCCAAGGCACAAGUGGCACCUAUGCUGCGUUCACAAACCAAAGCCGAACUCCCUCCGCCUUCAGCCAAACCAGUGGGGGGUGAAUAUGUGAUUCCUGAUGAGCACGAACAAAAGCUCGUUCAGUUGGAUGGAGAGCUUCAGGAAGUCUUAAAGAUGCGGAGGGAUAUCAUAUAUACUGCGAAUGACCAGGAGCAGGACACCACCUAUGAGAAUCACACCACUGAAAAAUCUCAACCAAGCACAGCACAGAAGAACAUAAAGACUGAAGCAUUCUGAGGCGUAAACUGUCACGAGUAUUGUAAUUUGAUGUUGAUCUUCAGGUGAGAGACUGCAUACUGCCCCUGAGGGUUCCACAAAAUUCUUUAGCAUUGUGAAAAUCUGUCAGAAAUACACUUGGCCAUGUGGACCAGUCUUCUGUUGGUCUCUUAGUUUAGUGUGCUAGCAUGCUAACAUUGCUAAUUAGCACUUAACACAACGUACUGCAGAGGCUGACGGCAUGGCCUUUAGUUUUGCUAAUAUUUGCCAAACUGACCUGAUGAGGGUGCGAGAUGAAAAGCCAGGGCACCGAAAUGAUUACAACCCAUCCGUUGGGGAUCACAUAGACUAUGAAAAAAAGUGGACGUAGCCUCCUGAUCUGCAGAGAGAAAAACCUGCAUUCUUUCUAAUAGCCAGCAGGGGGCGACUUCACUGGUUGCAAAAAGAAGUCCAAUUGUAUGGAAGUCUACGGGAAAUACCAUACUUCUCACUUGAUUUAUUACCUCAGUAAACAUUUACCUAACGAGCUUAUGGUCUCAAUCUUUAGAUUUAAGUCUUCAUUUUGUAAAAUUAUGGUCAAAUUUACCAAAAAAAAAAUAGACCAUAAAGCAGAGUAUGGUUUAGGGCAUGGCUACUUUGUGACUGAAAGUAUCAAAGCGACUUGUUUAUCAGGAUAGAGGCACAGCAAUAUGUAUCCAUGGCAGUGUACACACAUAAUGUAUUUUCCGGCUUUGUCUAUGAAUGCGUCUUAGAACUUUUCCCCUUUCACUGUGAGCAGUGAGGAUGACGAUAUAGGCGCCUCAGAGUUAUUACUCGGAUACACCCUGUCAUCCAAAUAUGGUCACUUCUGGAUCCAUAAAAAUUAAAAUGGGAUUGGUCAAAAUGCCAAACUUAAGCAAACAGGUCUAGCUACGGACACACAGUAGCUAAGGUCUGGGUUAGGAAACGACUGGAUGCCUUGUACGAGACUGCAGCUACACCCAUCUCGCCUCGAGAUUUAAAACAUAAGUCCACAAACUAAAGAGGUGGUGGCACUAGAGGAAAAGUUGGGAUUACCAUGUGACUAUUCAUUCCUUUUUUCCAUAUAGAGUUUGAGAGUUUGGGAGUGCCCUUGAGCUCACCUGGUAGAGCAGGCGCCCCAUGUGCAAAGGCUGUGUCCUUGAUGCAGCAGCUGCGGGUUUGAUUCAAACCCACGUCCCUUUGCUGCAUGUCAGUCCCCCUCUCCUUCCCCAUUUCACACUAAAACUGUCCAGUAAAAUAAGGGCAAUAAAAGCCCCAAGGAGUUUACACAGGGUUCAGAGGGACAUCCGGGGUGACAGUGAUGUUCACGUAAUACAGUGAACAAGCCAAGUUAGCCCUCCCAGCUAAUGCGUGUUAACUAUGCUAACAACAGAUCGGCAAUGUGCAACAACAUUUUUUGCCAACACUAGAUAUCAAACAAAACAAGUUGCUGUGCACUGGGAAUUCACCACUUAAAAGCAGAAGACACCAAAAUGUCCCCAGAAGUACAGACUGACAAAAAAAAAAAGAAGGCUUCUUGCUGGACUUGAAGGAAUCUCAGAAAACGAAGAGGCCUCUGCCUGAUGAUUAAAAUCUUUGACUUUACAGGGGCGGUCCUACAUUUGAAUAUCCGGGAUUUUCCCCUCAUAUAGUAGAACAUUAAGAGUAUGAAAGGUGUAUUAUUAGCUUCUUGAUAAAAGAUUUACACAUCAUUGUAACUGUUUAUUCAUGUAGUAAGGUUGAGAUCCUUUGUGUCUAUAUGACGAGAGAUAACAACAUAAAGAGCUCUUUGAUACAGACAACUUUAUCACCCAGUUUUGAAAAGAUUAGAUAAUUUCAACAAGGGCUAAAGAUUAUUUUUAUAUUUAUUAUUAACAACUCAAACCAAUCGAUGAAUUACAUGUGAUAUGGAUAUUUUUUGUGUCACUGUUUGGAAGGUUAUCAUGCUUUUAUAAAUUGUAAAAAAUGAACAUGAGCCAAUUAUUGUACAGAUCAGAAUGACUGCCCUUUUUUUCCGCUAUGAAACAAUGAUGAAACUGUAAAAUACAAAACUACACACACACACACACACACACAUACACACACACACACAUGAAUCUUAUGUUUGUUCCUUUGUUCAAAAGCACUGAAUAAAAGGAUCGAGGAUGGUCGUUAUUCUUUAUUUUUUUUU